AUGGUUGCUAUUGCCGCAUUCUCCAGUUCCGGUCGUGAUAAGCCUUCCCAUAACCCCCAAUUAGGAAUAUUUGUAUAUAUCUUGGCUUCUGCUGCAGUUAUCGGUGGUUUCUUAUUUGGGUAUGACACUUCUGUGGUAUCAGCUGCAAUGCUCUACAUGCCAGAUGCUCCCGGACUGAAACCAAUGGAUACUGUAUGGCAGGAGGUGCUUGUUAGUAUUUCGCCUGGUAUGGCCACUGUUGGAUCUUUGAUGUCCGGAACUUCCUCUGACUAUAUCGGUCGUCGGAAAGUUAUCCUGGGAGCUUCUGCAAUUUUUACAGUCGGAGCACUUGUAUGUGCAGCGUCUGUCAACAAAAUAAUGUUACUAGUUGGUCGUGUUCUUCUUGGAAUAGCAAUAGGAUUCGCUUCAAUGAUUGUUCCAGUGUAUCUGGGAGAGACAGCGCCAACUCAUAUCCGUGGGAUGUUGGUGUCUGCUUUUGCUCUUAUGAUCAGUUUCGGACAAGUCGUCGCUAAUGUGACGGGCGGUGCAUUCAGUUAUAUUGAUCCGUAUAAUGUUGGGUGGAGAUUGAUGUUUGCCUUUGCUGCGGUCCCCUCGUUGAUUCAAUUUGUUUGUUUCAUUUUCCUUCCAGAGACACCAAGAUGGUUAUAUGAAAAUGGCUAUGAGACGGAGACUCGUGAGGUGCUCGAAAAAGUGUACAACGGUGACAAAGAAUGGGUUGAGUACGAAAUGGCAGAGAUCAUCGCUUUCAACGAAGACCAGCAGAAGGAAAAUGAAAAAGUCCAGCAAUCGGGACCAGUCAUUUGGCGUAUCCUAAAAACACCGCAUGUUUUGAAGGCCUGUUUCAUCGGUAGUAUGCUUCAAGCCUUCCAACAACUGGCUGGUAUCAACACAAUUCUCUACUACACUGCCGAUAUCAUCCGGUCAUCUGGAAUCUCCAACAACCAUACGACUAUCUGGAUAUCUGUGGCUUUAUCUGUCUGCAAUUUCAUUGGGCCUUUUAUUCCAAUGAGUUUGAUUGAACGAGUUGGUAGACGUAUCAUUUUCCUUUUUUCUUGUGGAUUAGUUGUUUUGUCGUUAAUUUUUAUUGGUGUAGCAUUUUUAUUAGUCAACCAUGAUUCGGCGGCAACUUAUCCGGGUAGUCAAUAUGGAAACAAUUUCAAUUCCUCGUAUCCAGAUGCCAAAGGAUGUAUGGCUUAUACAAACUGUGAUUACUGCGUCACCACAGAUGCAUGUGGAUUCUGUCAUGAUGCCAACACCAAACAAGGAUACUGCCUGCCUGCGUCUUCUAACAACCCGGAAGUGUUCUCAAGUACAGGGUCGUGUACUUCUGAAAAUGGCGCCAUCCCAAACAACUUCCAAUGGGAGAAAUACUACUGCAACACUCGAUACACUAUCCUCCCGAUUAUUGCUUGUGGUGUAUACCUUCUCACAUUCUCCUCCGGUUUUACAUCAUUGCCGUGGGUUCUGAACUCAGAAUUCUAUCCAAUGUGGGCCAGAAGUACUUGCGUCUCGAUUUCCACCACAUCCAAUUGGGUGUUCAAUCUGAUCAUCGCGCUGACAUAUUUGUCAUUGACGCAAGUUAUCGGAAAGUAUGGAGCGUUUUGGUUGUAUGCCGGAUUGACGGUGAUCGCCUUUGUGUUCAUUUUGUUUUUGGUACCUGAAACAAAAGGAUAUUCUAUUGAGGAGGUGGAAAUGCUAUUCAUGAACAAAAAACAACGAGAAGAAGCAGAGACAAGACGACGAGAGACAGUGACAGAAGUGAGGAGUCGAAUGAAUAGUACAGUCUCUUUUGGUGGCCAUCAAGUGCAUAAAUAUUGA